GCACCCAAUCGCGUCCUCCGCUCAACCGAAAGCACGCACGCGCACAAGCUGCGAUAGGACCACCCCCAUCGACCACCGGACGGAGCGAAGCGGGGUGGCGAGCGAGCAUGUACGCGCGGCGCGGCUGGAGAUGGGCCGUGCGUGGAGAAGACGGAGCCUCGGAUAAAGGCCGAUAGCUCUCAACACAGUCACAUUAGAACCGGCCGGUACCACCGAGCAUGGGUCGACUGCGGAGAAGAGCUUGCGUGGCUUUCUUUCUCUUCACGCUCUUCAUCUUCGGAGCCAUGAUGGCACUCCGGACCCUCAAGACCGGGGAUGGCUUCUCUGAUCUGGUCCCUAACACACUGGACCGGCGCUCCGCACAGCGGACCUCGUCAUCCUCCGGUCAGCAGCGCACCAAGUCGGCUGCGGUAUCCAACUCGGGUCCGGAGGGGAGCAUCUUCGAUGACGUGCACAUCUUCUACUACGCGUGGUAUGGAAGCCCGCAGUCGGACGGCAAGUUCGUGCACUGGGACCACGUCCUGGUGCCGCACUGGGACCCGAAGAUCGCGUCCAGCUACCCGCGCGGGAGGCACAUGCCGCCCGAGGACAUCGGCUCCAGCUUCUACCCGGAGCUCGGCCCGUACAGCUCCAGGGACCCGGACGUGCUGGAGUCCCACAUGGAGCAGAUCGCGGCUUCGGCGGCAGGGGUUCUGGUGCUGUCCUGGUAUCCUCCCGGCAUGGCUGACGACAACGGGGAACCCGCUGAAGAUUUUGUACCUGCCAUACUGGACGCUGCGUAUAGACACAAUCUCAAGGCGGCAUUUCACAUCCAACCCUACAGAGAACGGAAUGAACAGAGCGUGCUUGAGAACGUCAAGUACAUCAUUGACAGGUACGGCGAUCACGCAGCCUUCUACAAGUUCACGUCGAGCACGGGGAAGAGCCUGCCCUUGUUCUACAUCUACGACUCGUACCUGACGCCGGCCGAAUCCUGGUCGCAAGUGCUGACGGCCGGCGGCUCGCGCAGCCUGCGCGGCUCGGCCUACGACGGCGUCUUUGUGGCCCUGAUCGUGGAGGAGCGCCACAAGCAGGACAUCGCGGCGGGCGGCUUCGACGGCAUGUACACCUACUUCGCCUCCAACGGUUUCUCCUUCGGCUCGUCGCACCAGAACUGGAAGGCCAUCAAGGCCUUCUGCGACGACAACGACCUCCUGUUCGUCCCCAGCGUGGGGCCGGGCUACGUGGACACCAGCGUGCGGCCGUGGAACGGCCACAGCACCCGCAACCGGGUCAACGGGCGCUACUACGAGACGGCCCUGCAGGCGGCGCUGGACGUGCGGCCCGAGGUGCUGGCCGUCACCUCGUUCAACGAGUGGCACGAGGGCACGCAAAUCGAGAGGGCCGUGCCCAAGAAGACGGCCGCCAGGGUGUACUUGGACUACCGGCCGCACGGGCCGCAGCACUACCUGGAGCUGACCAGACGCUGGGCCGAGAAAUUCAACAAGGAGAAGGAGCAGUGGCUCAUGUGAGAUUCCGACGCUAAGAAAGAAAAAUGGCAGCAGAUAUUAAAAUACGAUAGAGCAGCGAAGCAACGUUGUGGUGAAAAACCCAAACAACAAAAGAAAAUGACGACUCGUUGCUGAAAUCCAAAAAUGGGGCAAGAAGAGACCGUCUGUAAAUUUUGCUCGCCAACCUUAAUUGUGCUGUCACUAACCUCACCAUCGCUCGACAAUUUGCUGGCCGCAAAAGAUUUUUCAGGGAAGCAAAAGCGGGUUUUGUUUGUGUUUUGUCCUUGUAAAUCGCUUUCAUCACUCAAAAUCUAUUAACGGUAUUUGCAUUUUUUUUUUUUCUCUUUGGAGUUUCCAGUUGCUUCUUCCAGAGCGGAAUUUUUCACAAUAAAACUCUGUUGUCCAGCGACAAUAAGCGUCCAGACACAUAAAUAUGGGCUUUUUAUUGUAUAAGCGCUUUUAAAGAACAAAUGUAGCAUGCUGAGAAAAUCCAUUCAAAUCCCUCAAAGCUUACAGACAGAAUUUUUUUCCCCCCCUCCUGUUAUACAAACAGUACAUCAUAGAGCCCCCCCCCGCUUCUAUAUAUUACACAUGAGCGGUGGUAACGAGAUACAAUGAUUUGGAUUCGACCAAAUGGUGGAGAAGUGCCACGUGAUCCCAAGA